GAGUGGGUGGAAGCUGCAGGAGACAUUCAUACAAGAGGUUGUGGAAUUGAUAUAUCCUCUGGAUGGGGUAUCUGGAACCAGAGAUGGUCCAUUCAGGCGAGAGGUGAGAAGAAACGCCAUCACAGGCAGGGUGAUGUAUUCUUGGAAUCAAGAAAUAUAGGUAGGGGUCGCACGCCAGAUGGUGUACUGAAGCACACUUUACUAAAUAGCCAUUCGGAAGUUGGAAUGCCGGUUUGAAGUUGUAACGUGACUUCGAUUCGUGGAUUUGGGUCCUGCCCCAUAAAGUUUAACAUGUAAUAACUUUGCUGACUGGCCAAGUCGUUUGCGAAGAUAUUUUAUUGAAACCCGAUGGAAAUAAGCCAGCAACUCUUCCACGUCAGAGAUUUCAGCCAGAAGCUCGGGAAAGAGAGAAGCAAAAUUUCUCACUGAAAAACUGCAUAUAGUGGACUUUGGACCGGACUAAAGUCCGUUGGAUCUUUAUCUAUACAGGCCCGCCCCCCUACAACUGUGAGACCUGGCAUUAAACUUCCAAAUGUCUUAUGGCAAAUGCAGAGAGAUGUGUACCUGAGUUAUUGAAUUUGAAUGAACAGCCAUAAAAUUAAAGUCUCACCAAUUUUCCUGUUUUGGAUCUAUCCUUUACACCUUUUGGAGAAGGAGCAAAAAUGAAUUCAAAAUCAACAUGCCCUAAUGUCAGUAUACCCAGCUUUGAUGAACACCGUGAGAAAAAAAAGCGCUAUACUGUUUACAAAGUACUAGUGCGAGUUGGUAGGAAUGAAUGGUUUGUCUUGAGACGUUAUGCUGAGUUUGACAAAUUGUACAACACACUGAAAAAGCAGUACCCUCAAUUUCCUUUGAAGCUUCCUGCUAAAAGAAUAUUUGGAGACAAUUUUGAACCAGCUUUUAUCAAGCAAAGAAGAGCAGGAUUGAAUGAAUUCAUUCAGAAAUUAGUAUCAAAUCCAUCAUUAAGUGAGCACCUUGAUGUUCGAGCAUUUCUUCAAAUGGAUAACCCAAAGAAUCAAUCUGAUCCAUCAGAAGAUGAAGAUGAAAAGCCUGGUCACAUGCAACAUUCUACCUCUGAAAGUAUUUAUCUUGGUGUCUCAGGAAAUCCACAAGCUAAGCCAACAGACUUUGUUUUCUUGAAGCUAAUUGGCAAAGGAAGCUUUGGCAAGGUACUACUUGCAAAACACAAAACUGAUGGUAAACUUUAUGCAAUCAAAGUCUUGCACAAGAAAGUGAUCCUAAAGAAGAAAGAGCAAAGGCAUAUUAUGGCUGAGCGUAAUGUGCUGCUGAAAAAUGCAAAGCACCCCUUCCUGGUUGGACUUCAUUAUUCGUUCCAAACCACAGACAAGCUCUACUUUGUUCUGGAUUUUAUUAACGGUGGAGAGUUGUUUUUCCAUCUACAAAGAGAGCGCUACUUCCCAGAAGAUAGAGCCAGAUUUUAUGCUGCAGAAAUAGCCAGUGCAUUGGGAUACUUGCAUUCACUCAACAUUGUUUACAGGGAUUUGAAACCGGAAAACAUUCUUUUAGACUCACAGGGACACAUAGCUUUAACAGAUUUUGGCCUCUGUAAAGAAGGAAUCACUUGCACUGACACCACAUCUACUUUCUGUGGAACACCAGAGUACCUUGCACCAGAAGUGCUCAGAAAGCAACCUUAUGAUAAUACAGUUGACUGGUGGUGUCUUGGCUCUGUUCUAUAUGAAAUGCUCUAUGGCUUGCCUCCUUUCUACAGUCGUGAUACUGUAGAGAUGUACGAAUACAUCCUUCACAAGCCAUUGCAGCUAAGACCGGGAACAACUAAUGAAGCAUGUUCUAUUCUGGAAGGACUACUUGAAAAAGAAAGCCAGAGAAGACUAGGAGCAAAAGAAGAUUUUGCUGAAAUCAAAUGCCAUCCCUUUUUUGAUGUCAUUAACUGGGAAGAUCUAGAUCGGAAGGAAAUUCCUCCACCAUUUAAUCCUAGUGUGGCUGGUCCUGAAGACCUGCAAAAUUUUGAUCCAGAAUUUACAGAAGAACAAGUUCCACACUCCAUCUGUCAUUCUCCUGACCGUUCCAUAGUUAGUGCCAGUGUUUUAGAAGCUGAUGAUGCAUUUAUUGGCUUUUCUUAUGCACCACCUAUUGAAGAUUCAUUUUUAUGAAGGUUGUCUUCACUGAAUAGUUUCUCUAGGAAACAAAACACUUAGCAGGAAAUGAAAAUACCUUCAUAAGGAUACAUGUGGACUUUUGAUUUUACACCAUAACCAUCUGCAUGUCUUAAAGCUUGUAGCCAUUGGGUGAAGGUCAGUGCAUUUUGAACGCUAAAAUUACUAUACACAGAUUGUACAUUCCUUUUGCAACUUGCAAGUGAUCGAAUAUUUACUUCACCAUUUUCAAGUCUGAAGAUUCCAAAGUGUUGCAUUUUAACAAUUGCUUGUGAUUUGUCUGUUUUCCCCCUGACUUGUUGAAAUACUGAUGAGGUGCUCUACUUUAUAUCCUUUAAAUAACAUUGGCACAGCUUAUCAAUGUUGGUAAUUAAGGUUGGAUUAGUAUAUAAUGCAAUGGUUCUCUUUGAAUUGAUAUAUUGUGGUCCAACUUGGCAAAUUACAUUUUUAAGUUGCAUUUUCACCUUGUGUCCAUCCGUAUGGUAAUGACUUGUCAAAAUUUAGAUUCUGGUCAAAGCUUGUAUCACUUUACUAAAAGAUCCACCUGAAUUGUCACUCAGUAGAAAACUGCAUUUAUGACGUAGACAUUACUUGAAAAAUGGAGAGAGAAGCAUGGCCCCUCAGGUCAGAUACGUGAAAAUGUUUUACAAAUAUUUAAUGUGCACUGGGCACCAACUAUUAAACAUGUCUUUUGUUUUACUGAAAUAAACUGGAAAUGUACAUAACAGAAAAAUCUGUAACUGCAAAAGAUGAAACUAUACUUUUAUUUUAUAACAUAUUUAACUGGUGCAGUGUGCUUGAGGUGGAUAUAUAUUGAUACAGUAAAGCAAUUAAAUAGCACAUAUUUAAAAAUA